ACAAAAAGAAAAGUUUGAAGCCAUUAAUCCGCCUUUAGUAGGGCUUUAUACUUGUGGUCCUACCGUGUAUAACGAAGUGCAUAUGGGCAACCUCCGCACCUUUCUUACGUUCGAUAUCGUAUUGCGCUACCUUACGCACUUAGGCUACAAAGUGCGCUAUGUGCGUAAUAUCACCGAUGCAGGUCACUUAACCGAUGAUGGCGAUGCGGGUGAAGAUAAAAUCGAGAAAAGAGCAAAGCUGGAGCAACUGGAGCCUAUGGAGAUUGUGCAGAAAUACACGAACUCUUUUCAUGAAGUCGAUAAACGCAAUUCGUACGACUUUGCGCUUUGGAUUAAAACACCGGAAGCCGCUUUGCAAAAAUGGGAUUCGCCAUGGGGCGAAGGCUGUCCGGGUUGGCACUUAGAGUGCUCGGCUAUGGGAACAAAAUAUUUGGGUAAGCAAUUCGAUAUUCAUGGUGGUGGUUUCGAUUUGAAAUUCCCGCAUCACGAGUGUGAAAUUGCGCAGAGUGUAGGCGCAGACGGAGUUACACCGGUGCGUUAUUGGAUGCAUUCCAACAUGCUAACUGUGAAUGGCACAAAAAUGAGCAAGUCGUUAGACAAUUCCUUCCUACCGAAAGAACUGUUCAGUGGAACGCAUCCUUUAUUGGAAAAGGCUUACAGCCCAAUGUCGGUGCGCUUCUUUAUGUUGCAAAGUCAUUACCGUUCAACACUCGACUUUUCAAAUGGUGCACUACAAGCGGCAGAAAGAGGUUUCACAAGGUUGUUGAACUGCUAUAAAACGUUGUCAAAGCUAGAGCACAAAGCCGGAACAGUUGACGCACAAGAAGUGCUCGAUGUGAAACAGUUUUGCGAAGCUAUCUACGCUAAUAUUAAUGACGAUUUCAAUACGGCUGAAUCAAUUGCGGUGUUGUUCGAUAUGAGUAAAAAAAUUAACGCUUACAAAGAAGGCGUUUUGUCGAUUGGAACAUUGGAUGCAGAAACGUACGCGUUGCUGAAAACCACGUUUACCGUAUUCUUCAGAGAUAUUCUUGGUUUAGAUAAAGAAGAAGAACAAGACAACAAUGUAACCGAAGGCUUAAUGAAUUUGAUUUUAGAAUUGCGCAAACAAGUACGCGCCAAUAAAGAUUUCGCGAGCUCCGAUAAAAUCAGAGAUGCGCUGAAUGAACUGAACAUUAAAGUGAAAGACGGCAAAGACGAAACUACCUGGAGCAUUGAACAA